CCAGCGCCUCCAUCUUCUCUGCAGGCAGCAACGUUGGCGGUGCCUCAUUUGCAUGAGCUAUGAUGGAUCCGUCUGGAUAUCGUAGUGUAUGCAAGGCAGGCCGACACGCCGCCGCUGUUCGAACUGAAAGCCUGUUUGCAGGAGCAAUCAGGUCUGCUUCGGUCGACGUCGUCGGUUUUCCAGCCGGUCGGAGCACCGGGCAGCAGCACUUUGAUCAUCCGCCCACGUUGGUCCCUCUGACUGUGAAGCAAGUGACCAUGCUUGCUCCUUCUAUCGAGCAGGGGGGCGCUGUCUAUUCACGGGACGCCUGUCAGCACGGUAUGCAUGAUCGCGAUGCAGUCUUGGUCGGUUUCUUAGUUUUCUCAUCGGAGAAACCACACACGGUGUUGCUACAGGCCCGGCUUCUGGGUAGGAUGCUUAACCGUAGGGAUAUGCCUGAGGAGAUAGAGUUCAUCCUCGCCGACGGCACCGGAGCCAUUCAGGCCAGGAUAUGGACCGCCCAGUCGGAGUACAUGCUGGCGUUGCGUUCUGUUAGGUUAUAUGGUUUUGCGAUUUUCCGUAUCUGUACGUUGCUGUUUUAUGUUGGUUGUGAACUGUUCCACUCUCACACCAUAAUAACAAAAAACAGUGAUGGCGACUACAUGAUAGUGAACGGAUCCAUAAAGGCCGAAGGUAGCCUGAAACACAUUCGGGUGUACUCGCUGAGUGUGGUGACAAACUACAAUGCAAUCACUCAUCACUUCCUUCAGUGCAUCUAUGUUCACUUAGAUCUUCGGAAAAAGGCAUGGUCAACUAAUCUUUGGCUGAUCUUUCGAGUUUUUAGCAUCUCAAGUUUGUUUCGGGUUAGACUGUCGUAUUCAUGUGUUUUUGUGCAGUUCAAUGACAGGGAAAAUGAUAUUAGACGGAUGGACUUGGCCGUAGCUGCCCACGAGCAAUCAUCUCCUGUUUUGGACAUUAACAACAGGCUCUUCGACGACGUGCUGAGAGUAUUCUACCAUCCAGGGGUCCUUGAGCUGGAGAAUGGCGCUUCUUUCGCUCUCAUACAAUCUCAAACCGGCGCGGAUGCGGAUCAACUAAGGUCUGUUAUUGGAGCUCAUGUUGCCAUGGGCAACCUUUUCACCACCAUCGAUGAUGGUCACUACAAAUGCUCGUUCAACGGGUAGCAAAAAUGAUCUAUCUGGGUGAUGUUCGCCAUUUGCUUGCACCCAAAAAUCAGACUGACGGAUAGAACCGUCCAAUGACCAGAACGUUCAUUUUCAAUGCCUCCUUAAGUUUUAUAUUCUAUAAUUCAAAAAACCCAUCGCAGUAUUUUUCGCGGAACAAAUACUCUGUGUCGUAGAAACCUGCCCGACGGCAGCUUUAAAAAUUCCGCAUUUGCUUAGUUUUGCUUUCCUCGCCACCUGUCAUGGACUAUGUAAG